GAUGGACUCCUUCGAUCUCUUUCCCCUUGCGUGUGUAGUCAACAAUAAGUUUCUAGCUAUUCAUGGAGGUAUCUCUCCAGAUUUGAAAACGGUAACAAGGUUCUGUAUUUCCGAUUUUAGCUUGAAGACAUCAAAAAAAUUGAUAGAUACCAUGAACCACCUAGGAGUGGACUGUUUUGUGAUAUAUUAUGGAGUGAUCCAGUAGAUAAUGAUUAAGGAACAUUAGAAAAUGGAUGGAGAGGAAAUGAGGUUAGAGGUUGUUCUUGGUUUUUUGGAGUUGAUGCAGUACAUCGAUUUCUUUAAAGGAACAAUCUUAUUUCUGUUAUUAGAGCUCAUGAAGCAUAAUUAGAUGNGAAUAAUGGUUAACAUCAAAAGUAAACAUGGAAAUUAAACCUGA